GUGCUGCUCGCGGUGUUGCUGCUCGUGAGCGGACGCGUGGCGCAGGGCGCGGGUCGGGCGUGGGGCUGAUGAGCUCAUGCGGCGGCGCCUGCGGUUGCUGGCGGCGGCGCUGGGAGGCUGCGGGCUGCUGCUGGGCUCGGCGCUGGCGGCGGGCGACGAGCGGCUCUACACUGCGGCGGUGAUGCCCGCGCUCCGCGUCGUCACCCCGGAGGCCGCCCACGGCUUAGCCCUGCGCGCCGCCGCCCUCGGGCUUCUGCCGCCCGCCCGUCCCGACAGCCCCUCGCUGGAGGUGCACGUCCUCGGUCUGCGGUUCCGCAACCCGCUGGGGCUGGCGGCUGGCUUUGACAAACACGGUGAGGCUGUGGACGGGCUGUACAGGAUGGGCUUCGGCUUUGUGGAAGUUGGAACUGUCACGCCCGAGCCUCAGGAGGGCAACCCCAAGCCCAGAGUCUUUCGGCUGGUGGAAGAUGAGGCAGUCAUUAACAGAUAUGGAUUCAACAGCCAUGGCCAUGCUGCGGUGGAGCGUAGGCUGCGGGCCCGCCAGGAGGCACAGCUCAAGCUCACAACUGUGGGGAUGCCUCUUGGAGUCAACCUGGGCAAGAACAAGAGCUCUACAGAUGCUGCAGCUGACUAUGUGGCUGGAGUCCAGACGCUGGGCCCCUUGGCUGACUACCUGGUUGUGAAUGUGUCAAGCCCGAAUACUCCAGGGCUACGGGACCUUCAGGGCAAGGCUGAGCUGCGGGACCUGCUGACCAAGGUGCUGGCAGAGAGGGACAUGCUGCCAUCUGAGCGUAAGCCAGCUGUGCUGGUGAAGAUUGCUCCAGAUCUCACUGAGCAGGACAAGCAGGACAUAGCUGGUGUUGUGUGUGAGGUUGGUGUGGAUGGACUGAUUGUCAGCAACACCACCACCAGCCGCCCAAGAGGCCUCCAGAGCACACAGCGCCUGGAGGCAGGGGGCCUCAGUGGGAAGCCUCUUCGGGAGCUCUCCACACAGACAGUGCGGGAGAUGUAUGCUCUCACACAAGGCCGGGUGCCCAUCAUUGGGGUGGGUGGGGUGAGCAGUGGCCGUGAUGCCUUGGAGAAGAUCCGUGCUGGAGCCUCGCUUGUGCAGAUGUACACAGCACUAGUGUACCAUGGGCCCCCAGUGGUACGCACGGUGAAGCGGGAGCUGGAGGAGCUGCUGAGGGAGCAAGGGUUCAAGAGCGUCAUGGAAGCAGUUGGAGCAGAUCACCGGCGCUGACAGAUUGCAGGAUCAAAGUCUAGCCAAGAGGAGCCAUGGCAAACCAGGAAUGGCUGUGAUGUUUCCAGAGUGGUUAGGCUGGGACCGAGCCAAUGCCCUGGUCCUGGCCCUUGUGAAGGGUCAGUAAAGAGGAGCUGGGGCUGUACUGGUGGGAAGCUGGGGAAGGGGCCUCUGCCACUGCCCAGGGCUGUACUUUUUGCUUUCCUGUGGGCUAUGUUCUCCGGCAGAAGCCAGCAGUGGGUCAGGUUCCACUUGGGCUGAGAAAGGCCCUGGAGGAAGGCCAGCUGUGGAGUGAUGGGUCAGUCCUCUGCCCACCUUCCCCACAGUACUGACCAGAGCCCAAGCAACGUUGGAUAUCCCUUCUGCCCUUCAGUUCUGGAACCUCUCCUGCUCACUCUGGCUAGUGCUGGGUCAUGCACUGCAGCGUCCAGAGUGUUGUCUCUCCUCUCUUGCCCUCAUCUGCUGUCUGCACAGUGCUUUAAUAAGCCUGUGGGUCCUGGUCCUGACCUAGAGUUAAUAAACAUUUAUCUUACCUUGA